AUGUCGCUUAUCCAAACCCUUGUCCAGCUUGAGGCAUCUUUGACAGCGUUCCUCUCAGUGCUGACCAAUGAUGGGGUCAAAAAAGAAUUACAAGAGCUUUUGCACAAUGACCAAGCUUUGCCGGACAAGGACACCUUGCAGCGUGCUACAUCGGUAGUGGACAAGCUGGGAGAAAUGCAAUCAAUAUUGGAACCGGCCCAUCUUAUCCUCGCCGAUCACUUUUUCGGAUACACUGAUACCAAAUGUCUCGUUGCAGCGGUAGAUCUGGAUGUUCCUGGUCAUCUGGCCACCGGUUCAAAGACGUUGGAGGAGCUGGCUACUGCGACGAAUGCAACUCCACUUAGGCUUGGCCAAAUCCUUCGUCCUCUCUACACCAAAGGAGUUUUCUCCUAUGAACCUGCGAAGGGGAGGUAUGCUUUGAAUCAUGUAUCCAGACUAUUACUCAAAGAUCAUACAACUCAGUGGCAUAACUGGGUGACCCUAUACGGCAAUCAAUUCUUCGAUAUCGCAAGAGGCAUCCCAGAAGCUGUUCGUGCAGGCUCUACACGAUGUGCCGCGCAGGUCAACUUCGACACUGACUUGGAUAUGUUUGCUUAUUUUGAAAGCAAAGGCUGGGUUCCGCAACUACACAAGACCCUUGGCGGAGGUGCCAACGCGAUGGCCCCUGGAAUUCUGGCAGACUAUCCUUGGCAUGAGAUUGGAGAUAAAACUAUCAUGGAUAUCGGAGGGGGUAGCGGGGCUCUACUAGCUUCGGUCCUACGAGCUAAUCCCGGGAUGUCGGGGGCUCUCUUUGACCGACCGGCUGUGAUAGAUCACAUCAGUCCUUUCUUUACUAAAGGUGGUCAUUUUGAAGACCUGGAAAGCCGCGUACCACGCGGAAAUCUCAUAUCUGGAAACUUUCUCGAGAAAUUACCCCAGUAUGAGGUUUACACAAUGAAGUGGUGCCUUCAUGACUGGGAUGAUGAUACUGUUGUCAAGAUUCUGAAGACUAUUCGGCAGGCUAUCAUUGUCGCCGAAGCAAGCCGCUUGGUGGUGUUGGAGUCCGUCUUGUCCGACACUAAAAGUGGUAGGCUUUCGGUGUACGGAGACAUCAACAUGAUGAUGACUGUCAAUGGCCAAGAAAGGACCGAAGCUAAAUGGAACGAACUAGCUGAAAGAGCUGGAUGGCGGACCGAGAGGAUCUGGCCGUUGAGGAAUGCUUGGGUACAGGCUAUUGACUUGAGGCCAUAA